AUGGCUCUGCUGGAAGCUGAAGAUUCAUUAGAGAAACAAGGUAUAAAGAAACUAGCCAAGAAAGGUAGUAUGACCCGUCGGGCCAGUAACUCACCUAAACUGCAUCGAAAUGAGAUAGAAAAAAACCGAAGAAUGAGUAUGAAAGAUCUGUAUGCUAGGCUUGCUUUUCAGAUUCCUACUGCACCAUCCAAGUCCUCUUUACAUCUGUUGUUGGAACAUGCCACCACUCAUGUAAAGAGAUUGCAGCAAAGGUUAAAGAUGCUGAAGCAAAAGAAGCAACUACUUGAGGGCAGAACUCAUCAUAUAACUGGCAGCUCAAGGUCACCAGUGAUAAUAGUAAGAGAAAUGGGUUCGACUUUAGAGGUAUUUUUGACGAGCGGAUUAAAUAAGAAUUUCUUCCUGUAUGAAGUUAUCAGCGUUCUGGAGGAAGAAGCAGCUCAAGUUGUAACUGCUAACCAAUCCACUGUGGGGGACAGGAUCAUCUAUAGCAUAUGUUCUCAGGCUGUUAGUUCUAGAAUUGGUAUAGAGACUUCGAGGGUGCGUGAACGAUUGCAGGAACUGAUAUCUUGA